AUUUCGUUAAGGGGCGAGUUGAAAUUGUAAAUAUGCCGGUGUGAAUGAGAUGCAAGAAUCACUGCAAUUGUUCUAACACUCGAAUAUUAAAAAUUAAUGAAAAGCAUGUCUAGCGCUCGUCAUAAUUGCCUAAUAGUUCUGAGUGGAUGCAAAGAAGGAAAUUCAGCACAAUCAUUUAUCCAAUCUUUUACGUUACUGCAUACAAAUUUUACUGUUCAGAUUGCAACCCCAGGGGUAAGUGAAAAAGGCAAGCCUUUAGAGUUUGUAAAACAGGAUGACCAGAGUAGAAGAUGGUUAAAUGAAUUUCGUAUGAAAUCUAUAGCAAUACCAAUCAGCUUACAGACAAUAGAUCCUCAUAGGUAUUCCUGUUUACUUAUUCCUCAUUCACCAGGUGCUGCAUUUGACUUAUCAGAUGAUAAAGAUCUCGCCCAAAUAUUGCAAAACUUUAUACAAGAAAAAAAACCUAUAUGUGCCAUCGGUAUGGGUGUAGCUGCAUUAUUUUCUGCCUGUGACGAAGAUUCUUGGUCUUUUUCAAAAUACAGCCUUACAUCAAUUUCUGUAUUUGAAUUAGCUAGAAAUCCUGAUUUUGAAAGUAUUCCUAUCAUUCCAGAAGAUGUUGUUAAAGAUAGAUUGGCCACAUAUAGUUGUAGUGAACCAGAUGAAGUUUAUGUUGUUGUGGAUCGACAUUUAAUUACUGGACAAAAUGAGCAAUCAACUAUUACUGCUGUGCAGAAUUUAAUAUUACUACACAAUCAAAAAUUCACACGUAAAGACAAAUCUCCACAUUAAAGUACUUUGGAAGUCAGUGUGAAAUGAAAUAAGCAUAUGAUGUGUUGAUUCCUCUGCAUAUCUAGUCAUUUUAAUUGCAGUUUUGAGAUUUACAUAAACAUACUAUGUUCUUAUAUUAUUAUGUUCCCGAUUUUCUUUUAAACUGGAAUAGACUGAUUUUUCUCUUUGCACUUGAAAGAUUAAAAAUUACUUAUAAUUUUAAGGUAAAAAAUAAUUCAUUAUAUUCUAUUUAAUUCUUAUCUAUUAAAGGUAUAGAAAAAUGAAGCAUAUAGUAAUAUAGCAAUUUCAGUUUAAAAAAAAAAAUUGUUAUAAAUUUUCAAAAUGACUAAAUAUGGUAGUAAUACCAUAUGUAGUUUAUUUUUUUAUUUGAAUAAACUAAAAUAUUUUACAUUAUAUUUUUAAUGUGAUUAUAGAUAUUAGGUUUUUUUAUACUAAACAAAUCUAUUUUUAUGUAAUCAGUAUUUAUCCAUAUUUCUGUACUAAAUAUAAGCAUGUAAACUAAUCUUGUUAUGUGAAUGCAUGAAAUACUUUUACUGUUAGCAGUUCUGAAAACUGAAAUCUAAAUAUUUCUCUCUAAUCGAAUAAUUUAAGGUGUAUUAUUUAAUUUGUUUUAAGCAUACUCAUGUGGCAUGUUUUUCAUAUGUAUCAUUUAAUGAGUGAAGAACUUAUUGUAUACAAAAUAAGCCACUUACCGAACAGGUAAUUGUUUGUCAAAUAAAUUUCAUAUAAAUUCUAAUUGAUUUGA